UCAAAUCACUUCCCCAUAGUUUGAGUUUCAGGAAUCACCACUCUCUCUCUCUCUCUCUCUCUCUCUCUCUCUCUCCACCAUGGCAGCUGCCACGGUAACCAUAUCCUCUUCCACCACACGUUCACUAACCCUUCACCGCAUUCUACCCACAUCCAGAUUUUGUUCUCUAUCCUCUUGUUCUCACCUCUCAAAAUCCAUCCUCCACCCACGACUCCGCAAACCUUCACAACCGCCGCAGCGAAAACUCACCGUUCGAGCCACGAGGACCGAGUCCAAAGGCGUCUCCAUCGGAUUCAGAGCUCCUGACUUCCAGCUUCCCGAGCCACUCACCGGAAAAAUCUGGACACUCGACGACUUCGAAUCGUACCCAGCAUUACUCGUCAUGUUCAUUUGCAACCACUGCCCCUUCGUCAUACACUUGAAGAAAGACAUCGUGAAGCUUUCGAACUACUACAUGGGCAAAGGGCUUGCAGUUGUGGCGAUAUCUUCGAAUUCAGUGGCCACGCAUCCACAGGACGGGCCCGAGUUCAUGGCAGAAGAAGCGCGACUAUCCGGGUACCCUUUCCCUUAUCUUUACGACGAGUCGCAAGAUGUUGCGAGGGAAUUCAGAGCCGUUUGCACGCCGGAGUUUUUCCUGUUCAGAAAGGAUGGUCGGAGGCCGUUCGAGCUGGUUUAUCACGGCCAGUUUGACGAUUCACGGCCGAGUAACAAUGUGCGUGUUACCGGAAGGGACCUGAGCCUUGCUAUAGAUUGUGUUCUCAGUGGCCAACCAGUUUCUAGUGUUCAAAAACCAAGUGUCGGGUGCAGCAUAAAGUGGCAUCCAUAGACCAAUUAGUCGUCAUGUUUAAUACUGGUUGUAGUGCUCUCAAUUUUAAAACCGAAGAGUGUUACGGACGGGGACUGAACAUAGAUGUGUUCGGAAUCGUUUAAUGUACGUAGACCUCACACAUGGAUAGCUACUUAUUGUCCAGACAACUGUGUCAGAAGUAUUCACCUUCAAUAAUUUGCAACAAUUUUAGUUGCCUCAUGUUUUGCGUCCAAUAGGUGAAGAUCGUUAUAAUAUUCCCAUGUAUGUUGAAUUCUCUCUCGUUAGUUGUUGAUAUUGCUAAGUUCCAUUAUUAUUUGGUUA